CCGCGGCGGCCGCGGGGACGGGACCGGAGCGCUCCGGACACCGCGGCAUCGCCGGGCUCCGGCUCGCACCGGGGCGGGGAGCGGCCGCCCACGGCCACCGGGAAUGCAGGGCAAAGCGGCCAUCAGCUCUUCCUGCCCUGCAGUGGAAGUGUCACCACCCCCACCCCAGGCUGGACUGUCACCCACCAGCACUGCCGAGAUCUUCAAACUUCCAGGGAGGCUCCGAAUCCAGCCCUCACUGUGGAGCAAGGAUGAUGUGAUCCACUGGCUACGAUGGGCUGAGCAGGAAUAUUCCCUGCGGCCAGCUGACCACAGCAAGUUCGAGAUGAACGGCAGAGCCUUGUGCMUCCUCACCAAGGACGACUUCAGACACCGAGCUCCGAGCUCAGGGGAUGUGCUUUAUGAAAUCCUCCAGUUCAUCAAGACUCAGAGAAGAGCUCUGGUGUGCAGCCCCUUGCUGAGCUCACCCUUCAGGAAAGCCAGGAGCACUGAGGAAGGUACAGACUGCAGCACCGAGGCUGUCCCUGUUGUUUCCCCGUGGCUGGGCUGUGCAGAUCAGCCCCCGUGCCACAGCCAUGCACAGUCACUGAACCUCUCCCACCAGGGCUCGGAGAGGAGCUGCAGACCAGGUGCCAUCUGCUCUGCUCCUGCAGCCCUGCCGGCCCCGGUGGAUGGCAAAAUUGCAGGCUGCAGGCUGCUGUGGGAAUACGUGUACCAGCUGCUGUCCGACAGCCGCUACCAGCCCUUCAUCCGCUGGGAGGACAGCCAGGCCAAGAUCUUCCGCGUGGUCAACCCCAACGGGCUCGCCCAGCUCUGGGGCAACCACAAGAACCGCAUGAACAUGACCUACGAGAAGAUGUCACGGGCACUCAGGCACUACUACAAACUCAACAUCAUCAAGAAGGAGCCAGGGCAGAAACUGCUGUUCAGGUUUUUAAAAACUCCUGGGGAGGAUGUCCAUGAGAAAUCCAGCAAACUGGAGCAGCUGGAGAAUGAGGACCAGGAAGAUUUGAAGGAAGAUCCACUGGAGGCUUCACCAUAGUAAAUCUUUGGAGGUCUCACUCCAGUGCAUCACACAGACUUGUGCUCUGCUGGGAACUGCUGGUGGCUCUGCCUCUCCUGGAGACAGAUUCCAAACCCUGCUGUGAGCCAAAGCUGGGACAUCUCUGCUGCUUCAUUAGCAAAAACACCCAGAACUGUCCCCCAGCCCCACGAGCACAGCUGAACCUGUGGAUUGCUCUCCUGCUGCUUUCUCCCCUCCCCUUGGGGAGGGAAAUGUGAUAUUUUUGCUGUGRAAUUGUYGAUGCUCAUCUCUAAGGUUCGAACYUGUGGA